GGAAGGGAGGGGGGCGUGUUUGAAAUGGUUUCCCCCCCCUCCGUUUUUCUUCAUCCUGAGGAGUGCCUGCGUGCAUAUGGUAAUGUGGGGGUGGAGCUCACUUUCCUGAUGGGAAACGCGCAGAUUGCCCCGAGGUGUUGAUCUCUGGGGCUCGCCGAUCUUCUGGCGGCUUGCUCUUCCAGGGAAACCGCAAGAUGUGCGGCGGCGGCGGCGGCGGCGGUGCGGACUCCUGACUCUUUUUUUUUGUCUGGGCGGUGCGGGCCAUGCGUUAAGACCGAGCUGAUCUCAUCUUUGUGAGCUACUCUCCAGUGGAUUUCCUGUACUUAUCUCUCUUUGUCUGGUGAUGAAUGCUUGCUCAGUUCACUUUGUGAACAAUGGAGCCCCUGCACAUGUGAAGAGAUUCGCUGCCCUUUGAAUUACAGCAGUCAUCAGAGAAGUGGGAUAAUGACUUGCUGAUUAAGAGAAUGAACUGGGAGCUUCUUCCCAAGCCUGCAACGACCCUGUGACUCACCAUGGCAGCCAAGCAGCCUCCCCCUCUGAUGAAGAAACACAGCCAGACAGACCUUGUGAGCCGUCUGAAGACUCGGAAGAUCCUAGGGGUUGGGGGUGAGGACGAUGAUGGCGAAGUUCAUAGGUCAAAGAUCAGUCAAGUCCUGGGCAAUGAAAUCAAAUUUGCUGUGCGGGAGCCCUUGGGGCUCAGGGUUUGGCAAUUUGUGUCAGCCAUCAUCUUUUCUGGGGUUGCCAUCAUGGCUCUCGCCUUCCCUGAGCAGCUCUACGACACUGUCUUUGAGGAAGAAUCAGUCAACAGUAAGACGCCCAUUCGCCUGUAUGGAGGAGCCUUGCUGAGUAUCUCCCUCAUCAUGUGGAAUGCCUUGUACACAGCUGAGAAGGUCAUCAUCCGCUGGACCCUCUUGACAGAAGCAUGCUAUUUCGGGGUACAGUUCUUGGUGACAACCAUCACCCUGGUUGAAAGUGGCCGGACGUCCACAGGAGCAACUCUCCUCCUCACCAGCCGAGUCCUCUUUGUUUUUACCAGUCUUUAUUAUUAUUACCAAGUUGGACGCAGACCCAAGAAAAUCUAAUGGCCAAGACUUCCGAGGGUGGGGGAUGGAGGGCUUGUCAUAAUGUUUGUGUUCCUUUUUGUUUGUUUGUUUUUUGUUUUUUUUGUUCUUGAUCCUUUUAAUGUUCCGUCUGUAAAAGCAGACUUCCUUACAGCAUGCAUCAGUGUAUAAGUCCAGCGCUGGCUGUCACUGCCAACUGUCAGGUGUGGAAGAGGAGAGAUCAAAGCCAGGCUGUCUCUGUGAAGCCUGGCUGGAGAAAGUGAGGAAACAGAGGUAACAAGGGCUAAUCAGAUUCUGAGGAAGUAUGGGUGGGGUUAGUUUUGAGUAGAGAAGAAAUGGCUAUAAACAAGUAGCCUGUAGAUUGUAGCACGUGAUCAAACUAUGUACACAUACCGAGACAGAACAGGGUAUCCAAGCUGAAGUUAGAGCAGCAGAACUGCCCAAGCAGCUUUUGUGUGUGUGUGUGUGUAGGGGGAGCCAUAUUUCCCUGCGGGUGAGCACCUGAGGAUUGUGGUCUGCUGGUGGAAAUCUGUGCUGCUUGUCCUAAAGCUGUGUUAUCCUUUGGGGAAAGCAGAGAUACAGUAGGGUAGUCCUAACAACAUAAGAGAGGACAAGUUGAUUAGUUGUUAGGUGUGGCUACCACCCUCAUUCCUGAAAACUCCUGCCUUUUCAGGAGCACCGGUUACAGUAAUGUAAGAAAGAAUUUUUGCUGGCUUUGUUUUUUAAGAAGGGGAACCGGUGACAAUAUCUGGAGCAGCUACUGCGUCCCUUCCCCCACUUUCCUGUGAUUCCCACUUAACAGGACUAAUUGGUUUAUGCUGUAACUCUUCUUAGUAUCAGGUAUUAUAGAAACUACGCUCUAGAUCUCUUGUUGGGAAGAGGGGACAUGGAAGAGAUAAAGGUGUGUGUUCACAGGGUAACUUUUAAAAAACAAAAAUGCCAAUCCUGUACUGAGUUGGACCAUUGGUUGCCAGGCUCCCAUUUCUUGAUGCUACAGAAGGGAGUCUGUUCUACUCUUGUGUUGGAACACACUUUUCUAAUCAAGUGGCCAGGGACAUUUUAGGGAAAUGCUACUAUGAUCUAUGUCCAUAUAUACACCAUUGGGUACUCCAUAUGUUUCCGCCCAUAUGCAGGGAUGAUAUGUGUGAUGGAUGGUUUUGAUGGGCUUUCUAGCUUUUUUGUGAAAUGGAAGGGAUCUUGAAGGUAGGUGCAUAUUUGUGUAGAAGAGGGCUGGAGGAGAAACCUAUAAUUUAUUUCUGUGUCGCUUCCUAUUUAUAAGGAGGACACCUCAGUGGGAGCAUUGUGCCCUCUUGUUUGUAUUGAACGGCUAAAUUUAUCCAAGCUCUGAACCUAUCGACCAUCAGAAAGAUGUUUAUAUGUGGAGUUCCUUCCCACCACCACCCCCUGGGACACAAAAUCCCCUGGACCCCUUGGUUCCCUAAAGAGAUGGCAAGCUUUCACAGAAGGGGACUGUAUGGUCUUCCUCCAUGUUUAACUGCCUCUGGGAUGUUUGCCAAUUGCAAAAGGCAACCCAGACAUUUGAGGCAUUCUGAUUACUGACUUUUUUAAAAAAAAAAAACACACAUCAAUUUUGUCUCUUCAGCAGAAUGUGGAUCCAUUGAUACCUACUGCCAUGCAUUCCAAUGUUAUUUAUAAUGUGUGAAAAUUGCUAGUAUAGGUUUAAAGUAGACCAUAGAGAUUUCUCCAGACUAUCGCUCCAGGCAUGCUGAUGUGUCUUUCCCAAAUGUAUUGUGGUCGAGAGGCAAACUCACCAAAGAUGGAUAUCUCUUCUGUCCUCAAUCCUCUGAUCAGAACUUUCUGCAAUUCAUUUCAAAUAAAAUAGGGAAGUGCUUGCUAUUCUCAUCCAGGGUAGAAAAGUAGUGCUGAAUACAAUGAAGUGUUGUAUCUCAGUUUGGGUCUUCUUUAGCAUUUUGUUACAUACUUUGAAAAAAAAGCUGAUAAAGAAUUUCAUGUUUGUCUUCACACCUUAAUAUGGACCUCAACAAUAUGUUUGUGUGUAUGUGUGUAUUACCCUCUAUUCGGCUGUCUUAGGUGAGAAGAACACACAUUCUGGAUGUGGAUUUCAAGGUUUUUGCCCAUGCAGACUUCCAUAUGUGGCCUAAGCAUUACGGAUUGGAUAUGACAAAUCCAGAGCAAGUGCUUGUGGUUUGUGUUGUGCUGAGAUGCAACUCCUACACGGGGGAUGAAAAUUGCAUCCACCUAACUGUGCUUAUCAUCGAAAACUGAAGAAGUAUCCUUGGCGACAAGCAACAACAGUCUAGAAGGUCACAGGAACACACAAUGGACAUGAACUGUUUUUUGCUGCAGUGGGACUCCCCGCCCCCAACUGCCUGCUUUUAUCUUCCUUUGGCCUUUGUUGAACACGUGCAUGAACCUAGGCUACAAUGGGCAUUGAGCUGAUGGACACACAAAGACUGUGCAUCAAGUGGAAAUCCUGCAGGGGUCUUGAACUUUUGAUAAAUGUGGUGAUUCAAGUGUAGACUGUAGACUCCAAGGGUAGUGAGUAGUAGUUGAAUGUGAGGUUAAACUUCUCCACAGGGUUGGUUUUAGUUCAUGCUACUUUUGAGGAUCACUCACCAUUGUUGGUCUAUGGAAAAGAUAAUCUGUACACUCUGUGAAAUAAGUACGGUUUUCAGCAACGUC